UCAGUACUGAGCAGCUUCAACGAGGAAAAGAACAAACAGGUUUUGGUAUGUUAGAAUAGAGAAGUGUGUGAGUAGUGAUGGAGCCAGUGAUAUCCCAGUUCUUGUCGAAAUUGGGAAGUACCCUGUAUACUGGUCACAGAUGUAACAAUAACUAAUAACAGGAUUGUGUUACUGCUAACGUCUGAAAUAAUGUCAGCAACAGGACAACAAUUGCUCUUUGAGGGCUUCUUAAAGAAAAGAAAAGAUACCAUGAAAAUGAAGUGGGCAACCUAUUGGUUCAGGCUCCACAACACAACGCUAUUUUUCUACACUAAGAAACAUGGGAGUGCUUCACAUCUAAGAGGCCUUUACUACAUCUACACAGUACAGUCGGUUCGUGUGAUCCAGAAGGAGAGCAAACACUCUCUGUUUGAGAUCAUCAUGAAGAAUGGGAAGAGGAAGGUACUGGCUGCCGAGACCGAUGACUUAAGGAGGGUGUGGAUUGACCAGCUGUGGAGGGCAAUGCAUCUGUCUGCCCCAGGGGGCUCAUUCCCUGGCAGCAUACGACAGCAGAAUGUGGGGUCUGAUGAUCUGAGGAUCAGAGGUCACACGAUCGCCUACAAUGGGUCAGAAUGUAACAGUGUGACGGAAAACCUGGAAGUUCAUCGACCCCUCUCUGUACCCCUAAGCCCCUGCACCCCUAAACAGAAUCUGGACCUGUGGAAGAAGAGCACCUUCACCCUCCCCACCCCCCUAAAACUGGACCAGGACCUGGAAAACUGGAGUACCAACUCCCUCUCAAGGCUAAACCGUGACCUGUAUCUGUGUGAUAGUGGUGUUAUGUCCCUGACCGACAAGCUCAAAAGUGAGGAGUCCACAGAACAGAACACCAUCUCACACUGGGAGGAGUGUAAUGACUCUGUCCCUAAACUGACUGGGAACUGUGACGAGAGAGAUGAGGAAGAGAGUCAUUAUGACAUUCUACCAGCCCGGAACUCUGAACAUCAAACCAAACAAUCAGAAGAAAACUUGAUUCAGCAGGAGGGCAUCUAUGACUUCCCGCUGUCUAAUAGGAGGGCAACUGACCGGCGAACUGAACAUCAAACCGACCAAUCAGAUGAAGACUUGACUCAUGGGGUGGGGAUCUAUGAUGUCCCGAUGUCCAAUAGGAGGGCAAGUGACCAGCAAGAAUGUAGAGAGACGACCGAGAGCAUCUAUGAUGUCCCGAGAUCCUUACUGAAGAAAAUGUCCGAUCACACACUUGAAUCUUACCCUGGUGGGGUACUGCUGGAAGACAGUAGUCUCCUGGAUGACACGAUGGCCAGUCUGGCUGGAAGACUGUAGUCUCCUGGAUGACACGAUGGCCAGUCUGGCUGGAAGACAGUAGUCUCCUGGAUGACACGAUGGCCAGUCUGGCUGGAAGACCGUUGUCUCCUGGAUGACACGAUGGCCAGUCUGGCUGGAAGACCGUUGUCUCCUGGAUCACAUAAUAGUAUAUGACUAGAAAACUGUCACAACACAUAUCGUUAUCAUAUAUCUGUAUUAUUUACCAGUGCUGAUUGGGUGGAUUACCCCUUUAAAUAAAAGUGCCAAAAAUAACUGCACAAUGACUAGCAUGGUUCUAGUGUGAGGAGACCUGGCUCAAUUACUCUCAAUGGAUUG